AUGAGGCGUCCUUCUGUUUUGCUCUUGUGCGUCUUCACCAUCACGUGCGUUAAAUCAGUGCGCAGCCAGGAGGACAAGCACCAGCGCUUUCUGUGCACCAUGAUCCCUGCGGAUACAGAACCGAGCUGUCCGGUCCACAUGGAGUUUGUUCAGAGUGUUCAGGCUGAAGGCAUGAAGAAGACGGUGAUGCAGCUCCGGGAGACUGUUCUCCAGCAACAAGACACAAUAAACCAUCAACUGGGUGCCAUCAAAGAGCUCACAUCCAAACUGUCUCAGUGUGAGAGCACCUCGGAAGAGUCCUCGUCGUGGAGGAACGGGAAAGACACGAUGGACGACGUCCCGAGAGAUCCCAACGAAACUCUGCACGCGCUGGGUAAGACCAUGCAGAGUCUGAAGGACAGGCUUCAAAACCUGGAGCAACAGCAGAUGCGAGCCAGCCUCUCUGGAGCGCCAUUCCCCAAUGAACUACGAGACCUAUUGCAACAUAGGCUGGGCAAUCUAGAGAGCCAGCUCGUGCGCAAAGUCAGUGAGUUGGAGGAAGAGAAGUCACAGCUAUAUAAUGAGACAUCUGUUCAUCGGCAGCAAACAGAAAACACCCUGAACACCCUCAUGAACAGAAUCUCUGACCUGGAGAAAGCAGGUACAAGAUUCAAGUCCCCUGAGGAUUUUAAACUCUCCCUACCCUUGCGCACAAACUAUCUUUUUGGCCGAGUGAAAAAGAGCCUGCCAGAAAUGUAUGCCUUUACUGUAUGCAUGUGGCUCAAGUCCAGUGCCAGCCCUGGCAUUGGGACCCCUUUUUCUUAUGGUGUCCCCGGGCAAGCAAACGAGAUUGUACUGAUUGAAUGGGGCAACAAUCCAAUAGAGCUUCUCAUCAAUGACAAGGUGGCACAGUUACCUCUUUCUGUGAAUGAUGGAAGAUGGCACCAUAUCUGCAUUACCUGGACUACCAGAGAUGGUUUGUGGGAGACCUACCAGGAUGGUCAGAAAUUGGGCUCAGGGGAGAACUUGGCCCCAUGGCACCCCAUCAAACCUGAUGGAGUCCUCAUUCUGGGCCAGGAACAGGAUGUGGUCGGGGGCCACUUUGAUGCCACACAGGCCUUCGUCGGUGAGCUGAGUCACUUCAACAUCUGGGACCGGGUUCUCCGACCUGGAGACAUCAGCGCCAUGGCCAACUGCUCCUCCUACGUGCCUGGGAAUGUGGUGGCCUGGGCUGACAGCAACAUCGAGGUGUUUGGUGGUGCCACUAAAGGACCACUUCAGUUAUGUGAAGACAGGCUUUUUAACAAUUAA